AUGCAGCCUUUGUCCUUUGCGCAGCCGACGGCGCUGGUGCUCAUCGACAACCAAGUCGCCUUCAACCAUCCAACACACUGGGGCCCAGCACGCUCUAAUGCCUCCUUUGAGACUAACAUGGGCGCAUUACUGGGCGCGUUCCGUUCCGCUCGCCAGCGCUCGCCUCCGGGGCUCAUCCACAUCAUCCACAUUUUCCAUUCCUCCAUCGAGACCGGCAGCGCUCUUCACCCAAACGCAAACUCCUUGCAACCGUUUGACUUUGCGGCCCCGGCGGCCGAUGGGUCAGAGCCCGUGAUGUGGAAGUGUGUCAAUUCUUCCUUUAUCGGAACAAACCUAGAGGCGUACCUCCGCCAGAACGACGUUCGUCAGGUUUUCUUCGCCGGUCUGACCACCGACCACUGCGUGUCGACGACGACCCGCAUGGCUAGGAACCUGGGUGUCGUCGACAUAUUUCCAGAGGGAAAGCGUGUGACGGUUAAUGCAGACGGCUCACAUCCAGAAAACACAAACAUUGACCUUGGCCGUGUUGUGCUGGUGGCAGACGCGACAGCGACUUUUGCCAAGGGAGGGAUCGACGCAGAGACGAUCCAUGCUGUUUCGGUAGCGAGUUUGGAGGGAGAGUUUGCCGAUGUUUUCGCUACGCAGGAUGUCGUCGACGCUCUGGCGGGGUAG